AUGGCACCGAUUAUAUGUUCUUGCCUUCUUUCUCUAUUGUACACACUCUACUUGUUCAUUGCUUACGAAGAAAGCGGGGUACAUCAUGCGCAGGAAUACGAAAAUCGAUUCUGGACCAUCUUUGCACUCCUCUUUUCGACGGCACUCAUCUUUGCUCAAGAUUCUCCCAUGGCAUUUGGACGAUACAGCCCCAGUCUGGGAUUCUUUGGCGUCCUAAUGUCCAGCUACGCCAUGCACUUGUGGGAUCGGUACACCCAUCGAUUGACCCUCAGUCAACAAACCAAAUUGCGGCGUUCCUCCUUUGCAUUGAAUCAUCAUUCCAUGGGGGAAAUCAAAAUUACUGUGGAUGAAUAUCUGGCCGAGAUCAAUGGAUCACUCCGGGAGAUUGACCAGCUUUUGAUACCCUCCACCAUUAACAAUUGGAUCAAUCAACGAUUCGUGCUUCGGAAGGAAAAGGAAAUUAUAUCAGUCUUUUGGAAAUGCGAUGCCGUAGCGCUAAACUUUUUGAUCGGGCACACCAAACUGGGUUUGUUGAUGUAUAAGAUUAAGGACCAUCGAAACUUUGCGGGACAGCACCGAUCGGAAUUGAUUGAAUUGCUGGCGGUAGAUCGAUUGCCCGCGCUCACUGUCAUGUCACGAGUCAUUGUGCUUCAUGCCUUGCAAAUCUUGAAACUGAGGGCCAAUCCCAGAGCCGAACACUGGGUACGCAACAUUCUACUCAAUACGCAUGGAGACGAUCUAUCCGAGAUCAAGACUCUUACGGACUCGAAAGGAGAUUACUUUUGCAUGAACAAACUCAUCUACGAUGACAUUAAAUCCGAGACAAUUCGACAGGAUAUUUUGAAUCACUUUCUCAGAGAGGGUGCCUUGCAACUAUCCCACAUGCAAAUGGGAACAAAACGAGCCCAAAGCCGUAAACACAUGGCAUGGCGAAAAAUUCUGUCGGACGUGGACGAUACACUGUUUUGUAGCGGGGGUCAUUACCCAGCUGGAAUUGACAAGAGGUUUGCAAAAAAGGUUGUAUAUCCUGGAGUAUUGGCAUUCUAUCGAGAAUUGGAUCUUGGGACCAGUGGACCAGAAGAAUGGCCAGAGAAUCGAGUUGGAAAUCUAGUGUUUCUUUCCGCUCGACCGCAUGUCUACAAGGAUGUCAGCGAGAAACAAAAUUUUGCCAAAUUCGAAAAGCUACGGGCCACGGGAGAGGAUGGGAGAAAGGGUAUGCAUACAGUUCCAUCAUUAUUGCCCGGUGACAUUGCCUCUGGUUCGCAGUACAUGUUGACGAGUGAUUUGGAACCGUUGGCAAGGAAAAAGUUUGACAAUUUCAAACGAUACGUUUCGAUCUAUCCGGAGUACCAGCAUAUUUUUGUUUGCGACAAUGGGCAAGGUGACGUAAAGGCAUCGGAAAUGAUGUUUGACAACUUUCCCUACGAAUUUGGUGGCGUUUACAUCCACAAAGUUCAACGAAUACAGAAUACUCAUGGCUUUGCUCCAGAACGAUGGCGCAAGAAGGAGUUUUCUCCAUGUUUCUUCACAACGUAUCCGGAAGCCGCAUUGCAUGCUGCUACAAGGGACCCACCUCUGAUUCGAGUGUCUGGAUUGCGUCGAGUGUGCCACGAAGCAGCGAACGAUUUCAACUCAAUAACGGAAAAGCAAUGGCCGUCGAAAAUUCAGAAAUCGGAACGACGAGCCGAGCUGAAUCAAGCGAUAUGGAAAGCGAAUUUGUUUCUGGAAAAGAAUGGAGUCGAUGCUGUGAAAAUGGUCCAAGCAGAGCAAUUGUUUCAGGAUGGAGAACGAGUUAAUACACCAUACGGAAGAGGCGUCAUUCAAGGUUUCGAUCCGGAGACAGAUUUAUAUGAUGUUGAAUUGGAUUGGAGACCAUUAGAUGUUCAGGUUGAUGACCAUUUGAAGCGUGUCAAGGAAGAAGCGAUACGGCCACGUCAAGCGAACAACAGGAAGCAAUCUGGCGACAGGAAGGAAGCGAGUCAGCUCCAGACUGUCUUGGAAACUGACGAGGCUGAUGAUGAUGAAAAUGACGGAGGCCUGGCGUCUGAGAUAACGGAACGUUUGGCACUCGAUACAGAAAUCAAGAAAGAAAACACCAAGAGCACUCUUUCUCUCCCAGGAACGGCAGAGACAAGUGAGGCGAGGUCCUCUGAUGGGGGAACUACUGAUGUUUCGUCAUUGAGCUCCAUUAGCACCGACGACGGUAGCAAAAGAAAUCGACCCUUUUGUCAAGCGAGGGCGAAGAUCAGAGGGCGUCAAAUCUCAAAGUUUACUCCACCUCGCCUACCCGUCGUUGACAAGAAAUCGACGGCGUACUUUUCGUUCUUUGCAGGUAGUCCAUACAAAAAGGGACAGUUGCCGCCGGUUUUAUUCCAGGAAGGUGAUAAGUGUUCGACGCCAUAUGGGCCAGCUACCAUUUUAGAGUAUCGCGCUACCGAGAACAUCGUCGUUGUAGAGUUUUCGAAAUGGAAAGCCCGUGGAUAUUUGAACGAAAUCGAUGUGAAAGUGACGAAGGAGAGGAUCCUAUUGUCAUUGUCUUUGUUUCGGCGUCAAGGAUCCACAAGUGAGACGACUUUGAAGCCCCUGGAGUUCCCAUAUGCAACAGGUACAUUGAUCAACACACCAUACGGCGCGGCUGAACUUUACAAACCACUCCUUCUGACAUCGAAACAGCUGAAUGAAACUGAGCUUUUGAAUCAAAUAAUUGGCCUUCGACUGGUAUCAUGGAAGUUGGCGAACGGAUCCUAUCCAACUAUGCACUGUACCGUAAAGACAGUUCAGCAAUGGAAGAAUUCAAAGUCGAGAUCAUCUACGGACGGAUUGCUCUCGACAUUUGGCACGCUGCUAACAAUGCCAUUCUCGUCUCGAUUCGGAACUCCCGCAAAAAAAAUCACAACUGCUGUGGAAGCGGAAAAGAUUCCAAAGUUUCGGCAGUACUACAAUGACUCCACCAAGGUCUCGACUGCUUAUGGAAACGGCGAAGUUCUCGAAUUUCGUGAGGAGGAUGGAUUCUAUAAGGUAUCAAUUACCAGCUGGACCCUUGCAAAUGGCCAAUGCGCUACCGCAUGGCUUCGCGAAGUUGAUAUUCGCUGUCGAAUAGCCGAUGGUUGCCAAGAAGGAUACCCUGUGCUGACUGGCAUGGGGCUUACAGGCAUCCUUGAAUCGGUCCAACCAAGCACAGGGGUCCAUCUCGUGACUGUCCCAUCAGCCGGAAUGGCAAUGUAUCUCCAACCAGAUGCGAUUGACAAACGGAUAAAGGGGGCUGUCGGGGAAGAUGCUUUUACAGCAUACGGCGAAGGUACAAUAGAGAACUAUGAUGCUGAGAGUGACAUGUAUGUCAUUCGACUGAAAGGAUGGGGAGCUAAGCUGUACUGCAAGGCGGAGAAGUUCGACAGAGUGCGAGAUUCAUCACGCGAUCGAAAUGCGUUGUCAAGCGUCGGGUGGCUCUUUGAUUAUUUCUUUUCCUCUAGAGCUGAAAAUCCGGGCGAAGUAGGAACCAGAACUCGAAGCAAUAGUCUGACGAGUGCCAGCGCUAGUGUACGAAGUGUAACUUAG